AUGCUGCUGCCCCUGACCUGCCUGCACGGCCGCGUGGCGCAGUGCCUCACCUCCCUCCUUCUGCUUCCAGAGCCGCUCCCGAAGCCCCGGCACGGCGUGGGGGCGCACGGCGCAGUGCCGCCAUGCGCUGAGGCCGCCCCCGCGGCGCUGCCCGCGAAGAUGGCCGCAGAGCUGUACCCCCGCGCCGCUGCCGCCACCACGGCUGCCACCGCCACUGACAUCGCCAACAGCAACGCCGCCGCGCCCGCUGCCGCCACUACUGCCGCAGGCAGGAAGGGUGGCCCACGCUGCCCGCCGUGCGCCCCGGCCCCGGCCCUGCCACCGCCAGCGCCCGCGCCGCCCACCCCCCACAACAACAACUUGGAGAGCCCCAACUGGCAGUCCUUCCACCCAACCCUGCGCGAGAGGAACGCACUGAUGUUCAACAACGAGCUCAUGGCCGACGUCCACUUCAUCGUGGGGCCCCUGGGGGCGGCCAGAAGGGUGCCCGCCCACAAGUACGUCCUGGCCGUAGGCAGCUCCGUCUUCUAUGCCAUGUUCUACGGGGACCUUGCUGAAGUCAAGUCUGAGAUUCACAUACCAGACGUGGAGCCGGCAGCUUUUCUCAUCUUGUUAAAGUACAUGUAUAGUGAUGAAAUUGACCUGGAGGCGGACACUGUGCUGGCAACGCUUUAUGCUGCUAAGAAGUACAUCGUCCCUGCCCUCGCCAAAGCCUGCGUCAACUUUCUGGAGACAAGUCUGGAAGCCAAAAAUGCCUGUGUCCUGCUCUCGCAGAGCCGGCUGUUUGAGGAGCCAGAGUUGACCCAGCGCUGCUGGGAGGUCAUCGAUGCACAAGCUGAGAUGGCACUGCGCUCAGAAGGUUUCUGUGAGAUUGACCGGCAGACCCUGGAGAUCAUUGUGACUCGGGAGGCCCUCAACACCAAGGAGGCAGUGGUCUUCGAGGCCGUCCUGAACUGGGCGGAGGCGGAGUGCAAGAGGCAAGGUCUGCCGGUCACUCCACGGAACAAGAGGCAUGUUCUGGGACGAGCCCUCUACCUGGUACGCAUUCCUACCAUGACCCUGGAGGAGUUUGCCAACGGCGCGGCUCAGUCGGACAUCCUAACUCUGGAGGAGACUCACAACAUCUUCCUCUGGUACACUGCUACCAAGAAACCUCCUCUGGAGUUCCCGCUUUCCAAGAGGAAGGGCCUUGUCCCACAGAGGUGCCACCGCUUCCAGUCUUCAGCCUACCGCAGCAACCAGUGGCGGUACCGAGGACGGUGCGAUAGCAUCCAGUUUGCAGUGGACAGAAGGGUGUUUGUGGCAGGGCUGGGGCUGUAUGGGUCCAGCUCAGGGAAAGCCGAGUACAGCGUGAAGAUCGAACUGAAGCGGCUUGGGGUUGUGCUGGCCCAGAACCUGACCAAGUUUGUCUCUGAUGGCUCCAGUAACACCUUUCUCGUGUGGUUCGAGCACCCGGUCCAGGUGGAACAGGACACCUUCUACACGGUCAGUGCUGUGCUGGAUGGCAGCGAGCUCAGCUACUUUGGGCAGGAGGGGAUGACAGAGGUGCAGUGUGGGAAGGUGACUUUCCAGUUCCAGUGUUCCUCUGACAGCACCAACGGGACCGGGGUGCAGGGCGGGCAGAUCCCCGAGCUCAUCUUUUACGCCUGA